GGGGAGAGGGGUCUGCUCUCGGGAGCUCAGGGCUGGAGUGCGACUGUGAGUGGACACGUUCCCUUCGGACAUGUGUCUCUCAGGGAACCGACAGUUUCUGGUUUGAAAGCUGGAGGGGGGUGGGUGUAGGGCAGUAGGGGUCCUGAGCUCCAGACAGGUCAGUCGGGGACCCCCAGGGUAAAUUAGCAUUAGGGUGUUUCGGGUUGUGUAAUUCGUUCUGGAAGGCUGGAGUCUCUGGAUGUUAGGGAUCCAUCUGAAUACUGUGUAAUUGGUUCUUGGGUAUAUUCAGUUCUGGGGAAGUUACUGUGGUCAGGAGGUUAACUGGACAGUUCCAUUCGGAUGAUUGGGCAAUUGGGGAGCGGAGUCUGAUAUCAGGAGGGGAUAUUGAAAGCUGCAGAGAUGAAGUGUCUCCUGAUUGCUGGUGAGAGUGCCCAGGUCCUCUUUUACUGGACGGACGAGGAGUUUGAAGCAAAACUGAGACAGCGAUUUCAAAGCAUGGGACAACAUGGAGAGGCUCAUGUGCCGGCCUUUGAGGAUAGCAUAAACACGCUGUUUGCGCCUCUCCUCAUUUCCUGCAUCACUCUGAAUGAGAAGGUCUCUGAUACGUACACCUCCUUUGUCAGUGAGAACAACUACCUCUUCGCAGUUCGCCAGUUUGGCGAGUGCACUUACAUUGCUGUGAAUGGAGAUGGUUCAGAGAAUGAAGAUGAUUUGAGACGGAAGAUUUUUGUGCUGAAGAAGAUCAUAGAUUUGCGUUUUGGAUUGGUGACUUUGGAUGCUACCAUCCUGAAGAAAAUGUUGAGGCCCCAAGACACUGAGCAACGUUGCAAGGUGUGGAAGAUGCUUCAAGACCUCCUGAUCACGUAUAGUCGCCUGAGGGCAGAAGACCAGAGUUUCCUGGUGGAGGCUGUGGAAAGCCUGGUCCACACCCAGCUGUCUAGACAGUGCAUCGAGUUUCUGGACCGCUACGUUGUACAGCAGAUAAACAGCAGUUUGGAGAGGGGUAAUGAAGAGGUAGUUCAUGCCUUCAUCCUGGUACACACCAAGCUCCUGACUUUAUUUUCAAGUCAUAAUGUCAGUUCCAUGAAGCCUUCAGACUUGCUGUCACUUAUUCUGAUUGUUCAAGAUGUGUACCCGAGUGAUGAUGGCCUGCAAACACCAAAUGACAAGGAUUCGGAGAAAACAGCGGAAACGAAAGAAUUUGAUGCCACUGGGUGGUCGCCUGCUGCACAAGGAGAAGGAGGCUCAGUGGGAAGUAGUUCACACCAAUUCACAGACCCAGUGGUACAGGUUGCAAAAGGUGCCCCGCAGGCUCUUGAAUCAUCGUCUUCAGGGGUUUCUGCUCCCCUCAGAGUUUUCCUGGAAUCCAAUACAAAGGAUAGUUACUGCCCCGUGAUGCCCUACAACAUGUAUUGUAUUUCCCUUUGGUUUGGCAUCUCUCUGGUGCUGCUCAGUAAGGUUCCUAACAGUCAAGUUGCAGUGACUUUGUAUCAUCUCCUGGAUGCAUUCGCUGUGCUGGAGGCCAGACUAAGUGAGGGACAGGAGCUCGGACUCUCUUCUCGUGUUCAUCCCAACUUGUCAGACCUAAGGCAAAAGAUGGAUAAGUUCAUUAAGGCUGUUGGAGUCCCAAAGCAGCAGUUACAGUCUGCCUGGAUGGACUUCAAGAACAAGGCGUUUUCUAAAGGCAACACUGGAAAUCCUCAGGAUCUGUUGCAGGCAUGUCGGAAUGUGAUGACCCAGCUACGCUUGGUUUAUCAGUGCUAUUUCCUCGUAAAACCAGCAGGAGGCUCUCAGCAUUUGCCUAUCGACUUACAGACCAAGAUGCAAAAAAUUGUCCGGGAGAAACUGAUAGACUGGAAGGAUUUCCUUUUGGUAAAGAGCAAGAGGAACACCACCAUUAUCUCCUAUCUGCAAGACUUCCCAGGACUGAUCCACUUCAUUUACGUGGACAGGACGAUGGGCCAAAUGAUUGCACCUUCCUUAAAUACUUCAGAGAAAUCCACUGAGCUGGGGAAAGAACCACUGGCCACAUUCAUUAAAAGCAAGGUGUGGUCUCUGGUUGGGAUGGGCCUGAGGUACUUACAGAAGGGGUUUACCACUCUGACGUUCCGUGACGGAGAUUACUACUGCUGUUAUUUCCUCUGGUUUGAGAAUAAUGAUGGAUACAAGUUACCAGUCAUAGAGCUGCCAGUGCUGUCGGAUGACUCUGCUCCUGUCGGGAUAUUGACUGGAGAUUAUUACAGGAAACUGCUACGAUACUGCGGCAAAAACCAUGGCUUGGAAAUGAUAAAAUGCUUUGAGCUCUUCACUAUCCAUCUUGGUGUCAUUCCUACAGAGUUUAUUAUUCAGCAGUGCUGUAACCUAGCACACAAGUUAUGGGAGCCCUCUCAUAUCCCCCUGCUCUAGAGCAACACCAACGAAGGAUCGUUCGGAAGUCAGGAGAAAGUUUUCUGUUGGCGGACUUGGCCGGCCCUCUGUAAAUUUCUUUCAAUUUGAUUUUCUCAAUCCCCUCCCCUCUCUAAUCUGUCAUCAGAUAGCUUGGCUCCAGUUACUGCUGCGCAUACAGACCCCAUUUUUAUGUUGAGGUAUUAGAAAGUGGGGGUAGCUGAGGAACAACAUGGGUGAGCAGAGUCUGAGUGGAUGGGUGUGGAUGUUGUGAAUGUGCUGAGCACUAAUGACACCAGGGCAGUAGGAGUAACCGUUAGUGUUGCCUUGGUACACACUGCGGGCAUGACAAACCAAGCCUGCCAAGAUAAAUGUGUGCACCCAGAAGCCUGCACGUUCGGGAGGUCCGGUCGAUUCACCGUGCGAUCAGUCAGCCACAGGCACAGUUGCCAUGUUCUCACAAUUGAUCUGCUGUGGUCCAGUGAGUUAGACUGAUUGGUUCUUCUCCACAUAACCCCAGCUCUGGAUUCUGGGCAAGGUGGAGGAUGAUAGUGAAUCCUGGCUCAAAGGAACAGCAAAUGCAUUGUGGAACUAGCUACCAGACGUCCUCGUGUGUGGGCAGUUGCCCCAGCCUGGUGUUGGCAGGGGCCGAUCAAACUGAGUUUGGGUCAGAUGAGCUGAAUCUGGGUGUCUGAUCGGUACAUUGUAUCUGAGGGAUGAAAGACGUAACUACGACUGAAAGAGUGCAGAGAAAAUUUACAAGGAUGUUAUUGGGAUAUGAGGACCUGAGUUGUAGGGAAAGCUUGUUUAGGUUAGGACUGGAACGCAGAGGAAUAAGGGUAGAUUUCAUAGAGGUGUAUAAAAUUACGAGGUAUAGGUAGUGUAAAUGGAACCAGACUCCUACCACUGAGACUGAAAUUAGAGAUCAUUGGAUAGGGCAAUGGGUGAAAUAUUUAAGCAAAACCAGAGGGGGAGCUUUUCAUUUAAAGGGUGGUGUGAGUGUGUAUCAAGCUGCAGUGAAAGUGAUGUACCUAGACUCAAUUUCAACACUUAAGGGAAGUUUGGAUACUUUUAUGGAUGGAAGGGAUGUGGAGGGCUCUGGUCCAGUUUCAGCCCAUGGAAGUUCAGCAUGGACUAGAUGGACCGAAGGGCUUGUUUCUGUGCUGUAGUACUUUAUGAUUCCAACCCUCUUCUGUCAUUGCCCAGUUGAAAAGUAUUUCGGGGACUGUUGUGAAUAUUUCACAUCCACAGUGGUUGUGCGGGUUGUCAUAUGGAGUCGUCUACUCAUUAAUAAUUGUUUUGGUUCUGUGAAUUAAUAAUCAAUAAAGCUUUGGACCCAGCACAGGUGCUCGCUCGUGUCCGGGGCUCCUGCUGAGUACCCAAGACUGGUUAUCUGUAUGAAAAAGAGUAUUUUCGUAUGUCAAAAGAUGGUGAUUAAACACAGUGCUCUUCACUUUGAUUGCAACUCUUAA